GUUGGUAGAUUAAAGUUUUAUUUUAGUAUAUGUAUUAACAAUAAUUACGUGGAGAACACUAUGGUACCAAAUCAAAAUAAAUCACUUCAAGUAAACCACAAUGAAAAUAAUUAUAGCACUAAAAAUUACGAAGAAGCGUAUCGCCGAUCAUUAGAAGAUCCUGAAGGUUUUUGGGCCGAAGUUGGUUCUGUAGUCGAUUGGUAUAAGCCCUGGGAUAAAGUAUUAGAUAAUAGCGCUCAACCUUUAACUGAUUGGUUCAUUGGAGGCCAAAUAAAUGCAUGUUACAAUGCAAUUGAUAGGCAUAUCAAGAAUGGUAAGGGUAAAAAAAUUGCCUUAAUCCACGAUAGUCCAGUAACUAAAUCUGUGAAAAAUAUUACAUAUGAUGAUCUUUAUGAAAAAGUAUCGCUGUUAGCGGGUGCUUUAGUUAAUUUAGGUGUAGUAAAAGGAGAUCGUAUUUUGAUUUACAUGCCACUUAUCCCCGAAGCUAUAAUUGCAAUGUUGGCUGUUGUUCGUAUUGGAGCUGUUCAUUCCGUGGUGUUUGGAGGAUUUGCAGCUCGUGAACUUAGUGCACGUAUCAAUCAUGCUACACCUAAGAUUAUAAUAGCUGCUAAUUGUGGAAUCGAACCGAAUAAAAUAGUGAGGUAUAAAGAUAUCUUAAACUCGGCUUUAGAUCGAGUUACAGAAAAACCUAAGAAUUGUAUUAUAUUUCAAAGACCAAAUAUGGAACCUUCACUAUUAACUCCCGGUGUUGAUAUAUUGUGGUCUGAUGCUCUGUCAACAGCUAAACCUCAUCCCUGUGUGCCUGUUGAAGCUAACCACCCACUUUACAUAUUAUAUACAUCAGGAACUACUGAUAAACCUAAAGGAAUCGUUAGACCAACUGGAGGGCAUAUUGCAACACUGUGCUGGACAAUGAGUUGCAUCUAUGGUAUGAAAGGAGAUGAUGUUUGGUGGACUGCAUCGGAUAUGGGUUGGGUAGUUGGACAUUCAUAUAUAUGUUAUGGUCCUCUUUGCGCUGGACUUACAUCAGUUAUGUAUGAGGGCAAGCCAGAUAGAACACCUGACCCUGGACAAUAUUUUAGAGUAAUACAAGACCACAAAGUAAAUGGCUUGUUUACGGCUCCGACUGCAUUAAGAGUCAUUAAAAGAGAAGAUCCAGUUUUAGAGUUUGGUAGCAAAUAUAGCACAAAAUCAUUGAGAACUUUAUUUGUAGCGGGAGAACAUUGUGAUCAUGAAACAUUGAUAUGGGCUGGAAAAACUUUAAAAGUGCCAGUUUUAAACCAUUGGUGGCAAACUGAAACUGGUCAUUCAAUUACAGCUACAUGUCUUGGCUUUGGACAUAACUUAAACCCUCCUAUGUUCUCUGCUGGUUUGCCAUUCCCUGGAUAUGAUGUAAGAAUUUUAAAAGAAGACGGUAGUCCAUGUCAACUUCUCGAAUUAGGAAGAAUUGUGGUUAAACUGCCAUUACCACCUGGAGUUAUGUCUUGCUUGUAUAAUGCCCCUGAGCGAUUUAUAAACACAUACUUUAAUAACUACAUUGGUUACUAUGAUACAAUGGAUGCUGGUUAUGCCGAUGAAAAUGGAUAUAUUUAUGUCACAGCUAGAGACGAUGAUGUCAUUAAUGUAGCUGGACAUCGGCUGUCAACAUCUGCAUUAGAAGACGUAAUUCUAUCUCAUCCGGAUAUUGGUGACGCUGCUGUAUUUGGUGUUCCUGAAAUCACAAAAGGAGAAAUACCUUUAUGCCUUUAUAUAAAAAAUAAAAAUUGCAGUAAAAAUGAAGAAGAAAUUAAUAAUGAAAUCGUACAAAAUGUUCGAGAUUUAAUAGGACCAAUAGCAUCGUUUCAUUUGUGUGCAUCUGUACAAGGUUUGCCAAGAACACGAUCAGGAAAAACAGCAAGGAAAUCCUUAGCAAACUUAGCCAGUGGAAAAAAAGUUAUGAUAUCAAGUACAAUAGAAGAUCCUUUAGUAUAUAUGAAUAUCAAGCAGGUAUUACAAAACCUUGGUUACGCUAAAAAUGCUCCAGACCCUGAAAUUGAAUAAUAAUCAUGGAUAUAUUUAAUUAAAUAUUUAAAUGUAUACUAUUUAAUUUGUUUUUAAAUUAAAAUUUGUAUUUUAAUUUUUGAUAGCGCAACACUGAUAUGUUGUUCAAAAACUAACCGUUAACAAAGUACCUAUUUAAUAUAUAAUUCGUAGAGAUAUGGAUUAAAAAAAAAGUUAAAUGGAUAAUCUUAAAUGGCACUAAACCAUAAUAAGUCCUAUGAAUUACAUAUUAUAUAUUAAUAUGGUAUAAAAAUAAUUAUACAUGAAUUUAUGCGUAUUUAAGGAAGAUCAAUUUUUACAAAAUAA